UCAAUAUUAGUGAUAUAAAAACUUUACAGUUACGUAUUUGGUUGAAUUUCUCUUCUUCGGGUGUUUUUCUUUAUUAACGCUUUUUUCAAUUUGUAUUUUUAGUAUUUGAGUUCAUUUAAAACUAAAGUUAUUUAUUUCACCAGUUCCUCCCGGCGGGGCGGCUGAUCUUCUCUUAGGCCCGCCCCCCGCUAGAUGCUCGUAGAGACGGUUGCCUCUUUGUCGUUGCUAUGGUGACGCUUCCGUACACAGCCACAGGGCCAACUCCAGCCUCCUCCGCUCCGUCUGAUCUCUGAUCUGAAGCAGACAGCCAUCGUCAUGACAGCAGGAUCGGUUUCUGCUCCACUCAUCAUUCCCAUCAUCCCCCUGCAGACACACAGAGCCAAGAACCACAUGGACACCAACACACCUGUCUCCAUCCAGUCAGACACUCCUGAUGUUCUGAUCUUCUACACUCUGGAUGGGUCGAAGCCGGUGGCAGUGCAGCAGGGGUCAGCUGGCAGCAGCAGGAAGUACACUGGGCCCAUCCUGCUGCCUGCAGGUCGAGUCGCCGUCAGAGCUGUAGCUGUCACCAGUGACGGCAGGGAGAGCUCCGUGGUGACGAAGGUUUUCUCCGUUGAACUCGUGGAUGCAAACAACAGGAAGGAGAGCGAGGAGAACUUCCUGUGGGGCGACCAGCAGCGUCCGUCUGAAGGAACCUCAUGUUCUGCUGAGAACUCUGCAGGUUCCUCACUGAGGCCUCCAGAGUCAGAUUCAUGUGAUAAGCUUAGCUUAGCACAAAGACUGGAGGCAGAGGGAAACUGGGAUAUCACUUCCUUCUUCCUGUCCUGUUGUUGGUCUUCAGAGCAGAGGAUGAUGGGAAACGCCUCUCCUCAAUCAGGUCCUCGUUUCCUGAACAGUCGAUUGGGCUGUCCAACAAACAAACAACAACAAACUGGAUCCUCUAAAUGUUCCCAGUCAGCGAGUUCAGGUGUGUUGAAGCAGCUGAGCAGCACACAGACGUCCCGAAUCCUCCGAGAGACUGACUUCCUGCGGUGUGCUCAGUGUCUGAGUUUCCGUCCUUCAGAUCCUUUUGCUCGGUUCUGUGCUCAGUGUGGAGCUGCAGUUCCUCCGUUACCUGAGCAGAGACUGCCCCCUGCUGAGAAAGGACAGAUGGUCUGCUGUGUGUUCUGUAACACUCUGGUUCCUGUGAACACUCAGACCUGUUUAAUCUGCGACGCCUCCAUCCAUCAACAGCUCCGCCCACAGUCCAGCCUCACACUGCAGGAGCAUGUGGUGUGUGUUUGCUGUGGCAGCGGGAAUCCACCUCACGUCUCCAACUGUUUGACCUGCGAGAGCCGCCUGCAGCUGGCAGUGUGUGUUAGGAACAGCGCCCCCUCUGUCCACUCAGCAGGCAGCAGAAAGUUGACCUGCUCCAGAUGUAAACGUUUGAACCACAGUGACGCCAGAUACUGCGACUGGUGCGGCUCAAAGCCCGGUCAUGCUGCCAGUUGUGUUGUUUGUUGGCGAUGUGGAGCAAGCGGACACCCGUACGCCUUCUAUUGUACAGCCUGCAGCGCAUUCCUGGAAGCCCCACCCCCACCUACAUCCUGCAGUGACAUCACACGACCUGUUGAGGGCGUCGCCACCAACCAGGUUUCAGCUCCGACAUCCCAUAAUGCCACCUGGCAGGCCACGCCCUCAUUAGUUCCCACCCCAGGCAGAAAGUUAGCCACACCCACUUCUGAGCAGUACACGCAGACUGUUGGGCUCUAUUACCCAUCAGCCACUGAGAUGGAGAGGAAGGAGCAACAGAGGGCGCAACAACUCAGCCGGCAGCAGGCGACCAGAGACCGCCAACCGCUGCUGACCGCCAUCAGCCCAGGCAGAGGUUACUGGAGGAAGCAGUUGGAUCACGUGUGCGCUCACCUGAGGAGCUACGCUCAGAACAACGCACCCUUCAGGGCUCUGCUGGGAGAACCUCGUCUGGGUCGGAUGGUUUCUGCUGUGAUUCAAGAAGAUCGUUAUGAAGUCAGCAUAACCGUCAGCUUUGUGUCGGCGGGACGGGAAGAACAACAUCAGGUGAGUCCGGCAGGUGACAGCGUUGGAACUGCAGGUCGGACUGAGACUCUGAGCAGCGUUACAGAGCGAUCUGCCCACAGCAGCGGUCUCAGAAGUGAUCCGUCUCCAGGUGUGACGAAGCCUCCCAGACUGAACCUAACACCAAAACCUCCGGUGAAGGACGUGCAGUUGCUGAAGGAGCUUAGUCCGGGUCAGGGUCAAGUCAGCGUCAUCCAGCAGCUCCUGGAUCAGGGGGCGGAUCCCUCCUGUUGCAGCAGUGAUGGCCAACAUGCUCUGGCGGUCGCCGUGCUGAACGGCCACCAUGAUGUCCUUCCUGUUUUAGUGCAGAGAGGAGCCGCCGUCGAUCAGCAGUCUGGACCGAUGAAGAACACAGCUCUGCAUGAGGCUGCGGCUCUGGGCUCUGAAGGUCUGCAGUGUGCUCAGGUCCUGCUCAGCUGUAAGGCCACUGUGAGGCGGAGGAACGCCAGGGGUCAGACGGCGUACGACGUGGCGGUGGACUCGGGCUGUAACGACAUGGUGUCUCUGCUGGCUGCUCGGACCGGACUGGACUUACUGGGUAAACUGGGAAAACCCAAACUGAACCUGGAUGUUUUCUGACAGUGAGAACGAAACCAACAAUCUGCUGGUUUGAUGUGGAGCAUCCAGAUGUUGGGAAAACUGGAUCCAUAUGUAAAACAUGUUUACUCUUAAAAAAACAUCAAGUAAUGAAGUAUUUUAGACCUGUGGCACAGACAGUACUCACAUUAGUACUCUUACUGCUUUGUGGUUGGAUGUGUUGGUUCACUGGACGUGUUUCGUUUCAGAUACUUUUUCAUGAACACUGUUCACCAACUUAAGUCUGUCUUUGGUGCUUUGAAUUAUUUUCUGUUAAAAAAAUGAACUUCAAAUAAAACCACAAGUGGUGAAUUUGAGGUCCAAGCUGUCAUGGACUGUUUAAAGUUGAAAGCUGUUUCUGUACAGAAAUAAACAGGUUGGACAGAGACACUCAUGUGUUUACGUUUAAAGCUCUCACAAGCCACGCCCUUCUUUGACAACACUGUCACCUCCUGUUGGUCAGCUGCAGAAAUAUUUUGGGAAGACGCUUCAAAGGCUUCAUUAAAAAUAUCCACAGAGUUUGGUGAUGUUUGGACAAACUCAUUGAUUUAUGACACAAAUGUUCACAAAGCCAGUUCACGUGUUUGGAGCUGGUGGCGCCCCCUGUUGAGCCAUUUUAAAAUUUUACACAUGGUUUAUGUGUUUGUGUUUGUGUUAUGGUACCACCAUUGUUUUGCUUUUGCAGCGCCCCCUGCUGUCUUACUAUUCUGCCAACAGGCUUUUUCAAAACUGUCACAUUCCUGGCCUCAGAACUUCUACAAAUCUUAAUUUGUCCCUCCUCUCAGGUGUCUUCCCACAGGCCUUAAACGCUGCAGUCAUCUAGCAGUUCUUCGAAGACAACAAGAGAAUACGUUUCCUGCACAAAAUACGUGUGGAUGCUGACAGCUGAAAUGCAGAAAUAUGAAAAAGAAAUUGCCUAAAGAAGCUCAAACGCAUCAACUACACCGCUGAAAAAAACUGAAAGCUACAACGUAAGACGCGCAGAACUGGAAGCUGAACUGCUUCACAUAAAGAUGUUAAGAAACACACUGCUAGAAAAGGUCAAAGGUUUAACAUCAACUGAAAAGGCUGAAAUUAGAAAUGCUGAAGCAUUUUAGUGACAUGUUGUAAAAGAGCAGAAUGUUUGGAUAUGAAUGGUUUCAGUCGCUAAAAGUAUGCAGGAGUAGAAGUGGAUCAAAAAAUGUAGAGAAGUAUAAAUACUUUCUGUCGGGAGUAGAAUGCCAAAGUGAAAUUAAAUAAAGGUUUGAAG